CACGUCCGUUCAACGCGCCAGAAAUUUCGGCGAUAUUUGAGUGAAACAUCAUACUUCAUUUUCAAUUUACUAUAAGAACCGCAGAUACUGUUUACGAACGACCAAUGGCGAGCGAAACGCACGUUCCCGCGUGGAAGAAACUGGGUCUCAAGCUCAAAUACGCCAAAGAGGCUCCGGAGCAACAAAAUGAUGAAAAUGUGGAAGCAGCAGAGGAGCCUGUGAAAAAAUCAGAGAAGGAAGACAAAAAGGAGAAGAAAAAUAAGAGGCGAUUGGGAGAGACCGAAGAAAAGGGAGAAUCUGCUGCGGCCGACGAGGAAUCUUCGAAGAAGAAAAAGAAGCAGAAGAAGGAAAAGAAGGUCUCUUUUUCCGCAGAGACCAAGGAGGAGGAUGGUAGUGAUGACGAGGGUAUGGAGGACAAGAAGGAAAGUGAAGAUGCUGCGUCCAAUGGCGACAAUGAAGAUGCGCAAACGGAGGAGAAACCCGGCGCGGAAGAAAAGCGAAAGAGAAUGAAGGAAAAGAAGGAUAAAAAGAAGCAGCAAGAAGCCCAAGCCCAAGCACCCCCGGAUCCGUCCAACAUCCACGAAUCGCCCACCCUCCAAUACCUGAACCUCUACCACCAGAACCGGGCCGUAUGGAAAUUCCAGAAGAACCGCGAAACCCAGCUGUUCAAGCACAUUCUCGAGCCGGAGCGCGUACCUACGGAAUACAAUGCUGCCCUUCUCUCAUAUCUUCAAGGACUGAGGGGAGAGGCUGCCCGGCAACGAUUGAGCCAAUCCGCCGAAGAAAUCAUCAAGGCUGAAAUGGAGGAACAAAUUGCGAAGGAGAAUGCAGGGGAAGCACCUCAGGAGGAGGAGCCCAUGGCCGAUUACUACAAAACCGUCGAAUCAUUCCGGAAAGGGUUAUCGCUGGGCAAUGGCGAUUUGAAUAGCGUCGACGUCUUGGAUGGACAGCAAAACGUGACCGGCGAUAUGCGCAAGAGACUCGAGAAGAGAUUACGAGCGGAAGUGAUAACGUUCACUAUCAACGGCAAGCUGGUCUACGUCCAGAAACCGAAGCCUUCGAAGAAGGGAAAGCCUGAGCAACAACAAGCUGAAGCUCCUGCGCAAAAGAAGAAGAAGAACCGUACCGCUAUCAUUGAUAUCUCCAGUAGCAGUGAGAGCGACAGCGACAGUUCGAGUGAUAGCGACAGUGACAGCGACGACGAAAAGCCCCCGCAGAAAAGCAAGCCUGCUAAGAAGCAACAAAGUAAAAAGCAGUCAGAAGCUCCCGCCAAGAAAAAGAAGAGCCGAACUGCAGUUGUGGAUAUCUCGAGCAGCAGUGACAGCGAAAGUGAUAGCGAAAGCGACAGCGGCAAGAAGAAGGCCAACACAACGAGACGCGACGAAGACUCGUCUUCCAGCAGCGACAGUGAUUCUGAUAGCUCUAAUUCGAGUGAUUCCGAUUAAGCGCGAGCUUAGUUGGACGAUGGUGUUUGGUCUCCAUUGAUCUGCUAGAACAGGUACAUUGGCAUUUAAUUUUCUCCAACAAAAGUUUCUUGAACGGCGUUUGUACAUUUGUUUCUUGAGAGUUGAGUUGAAGUGAUGUAUACUCCGUAGUUGAGGCUUGAUAUACCCGUCGAUUCAUGUUUACCUACUCAACCAGGGCUAUUUCUAUAGAAUUUCCUCGUAUAUAUGGAAAUAUUCAAUCCAUAUUAGACUUGACUAUUUCUAUAGAAAAUAAAUUAAAAGAGAGAGAGAAAGAGAGAGAAAGAGAGAGAAAGAGAG